AUGAUGGAGGAGCAAGAGCGGCCUCGGAAAUUAGCCAAACUAGACCACGACGAAGAUACCACCUACGAGAUACUCGGCCCUGCCAUGACUGGAGCUGGUGAUGUUGCCGGCAAAGAACCGGAGCCUUCCACAAGGAGACAAAAACGGACAACGAAACCCACAACUCAAGACGGCGCGGAGGCAGCCGCGCCUGUUAUGUCCAAAAAUCAAAUGAAGAAACUACGCCGCGCGGAAGCUCACCAGCAAAAGCGCGCACUUCAAAAGGCCCAGAAAAAGGAAAAGAUCAUAGAAAAGCGAGAGCGUCGCAAGGCUAUGAUUGAGGAGGCAAGGGCAAAAGGCGACGAAGAAGCUGUCAACAAGCUACGGGCGUUGUGGAAAGGCAAGAAAGCCAAGCACAUCAAGUCCACACUCAUACCUCUGACAUUCGUGAUGGAUUGUGGCUAUGAUGAGCUGAUGUCUGAUAGAGAGCGCAUCUCACUAGCCGGUCAGCUCACGCGCUCAUACUCGGACAACAGCCGCGCACCCUACAGCGGACACAUGAUGUUCUCGUCGUUUGACAAAUUACUGAAAGAGCGAUUCGACACCAUAUUGACAUCACACAAGAACUGGAAGCGCGUCCGAUUUCUGCAGGAAGACUUUGUGCGUGCUGGCGAGCUGGCCAAAGAAGAUAUGGCAGCCCCGCGAGGAGGUCAACUCGCUGGACCGUUCGCUGAACAAACUGAUGCGAAGCCCGAGGACGGUGAAAUCAUCUAUCUCAGUAGUGAUAGUGAGAAUACUCUGACCGAGCUGAAGCCUUACAGCACUUAUAUUGUCGGAGCGCUAGUGGAUAAAAACCGACACAAGGCAGUUUGCUAUAAACAGGCGGUUGCGAAGGGCAUCAAAACCGCCAAAUUGCCUAUCGGGCAGUACAUUCAAAUGGCCCAUCGUCCUGUACUGGCCACCAACCAUGUCAUUGAGAUCAUGCUUCAAUGGCUGGAGCUUCGUGACUGGGGAAAGGCGUUCAUGAAGGUUAUUCCCACCCGGAAAGGCGGAGCUUUGAAGGGAACUCAGGAUGAGGACGGGGACAACGCCGAGAAUGGUGAUGAAGAUGUGAACGAGGAAGAUAUGGAAGCAGAACAGAUGGAGCAACUGGAAGAAAUUGCAGCGUUGGAGGAAGGAAGCGAGGGCGAAAAUGUAGAGAAGCAAUAG